UUCAGGCCACUGGAUCACAGUCAUUCAUCCGUGCUGUUGGGAAGCUGGAACAACGCUUCGCGUUACGGAUAGGUGCGACACACUGUUUUUAGCAAUGUGACUUGCGCAGUUUUGUCCUUCUUUUACCUUCAGUUUGAAAGGACUGUCAUGUACAGGCACAGAAAGGACAAUAGUUCGCCCUUCAUCUGAAUGCACAAAAACAACAACGUUAAGGGAAUGAACCGCGAGCCGUUUGGACAGGUGCAUCCCAGAACACCACCAUCAUCACAAACGAUUUCUUACUGACUCACUGUGAAGAUGGAUUACCAGCAGCUGUAUUCCCUGCAACUUUUCAUGCAAACUCUGUUUCCAAACAGACCGUGAAGAUCUCUCUAAACUGAACUGACCAUGCAUUGGGACAUGAUGGUUUAUCUAUUCUUCUAACUAUGGAUAACUAACCUGCCUUUACAUCCAGACUGCUAAACAUGAAACAUCUCAGGAGACCUCAGUUUGUGAUGGUGAUACUGAAGUGCACAGUGAUCUUAUUUCCUGCAUCCCUGCAGGGUUUUACUGAGUCCAGAUGUGAUGGCCGUGCUUGCAGCCCACCUAUAGGUAACUUGGCCAGUGGCAGGACCCUUUUCACGCUGACUAGCUGCUGCACUAAUAGCUCUUCCUGUCUGCCAACCCAGCCACACUGUCUAGCAGAGCUCCAUCCUCCUGCCCUCAUGGCCGAUGACCCGUUUAUUCAUCCAGAUACUUGGUGGGGCUCCGCAGCGGCCACUGGAGAACAGGAAGAAAUCCGUCUUGACUUGGAGACACGAUUCUGCAUGAGUCACGUUGUGAUGCUGUUCCGUUCCCCGCGUCCUGCUGCUAUGAGGUUGGAACGCUCGCAGGACUUCGGCCAGACCUGGGAGACACUAAAGCUGUUUGCCAGAAACUGCACUGAGAUGUUCGGGCUUCCUGAUGAUGUAAGUCAACCUGGAUCUCUCUGCACUUCCAGAUAUUCCAGUGCGGUCCCCUGCAGCCGAGGAGAGAUCAUAUUCCGGUCCUUAGGAUUAGGAAGUGGGAUUGUUGAUCCCUACAGUCCUGAAGCACUGUCCCGUCUUACAGUGACUAACCUACGAAUACAGCUAUUAAAAUCUCAACAGUGUCCCAUCUCGAAAGAACAGUGGAGUGUCCCGGAGCAGCCAAACCUGCCUCCAACGCCAAGUUCUGAUCCUCAGGAUUCAACCCCAUUUGCUGUGUACUCUCUUUUGGCUAAAGGGACAUGUUUGUGUCAUGGCCACGCUGAACAUUGCCUUCCUGAAAAUGAAGGACAAGACAGCCUGCAACCCAGUAAAGUGGUGUCUGGCAAGUGUGCGUGUACCCACCACACAGCUGGCGAGCACUGCGAGAGAUGUGCCCCGCUCUACAACAACCAGCCCUGGAGAUCGGCCAACGGAAGCAGCGGCGAGAGCAACCCAUGCCAAAAGUGUGAAUGUCACGGACACGCAGCGAGCUGCCACUUCUCCCAGCGUGUGUGGCUGUUGACAGGGGGCAGUAGCGGGGGCGUCUGUGACAACUGCCUGCAUAACACUGUGGGCCGCCGGUGCCAGCGCUGUCGCCCCGGGUACCACCGCCACCCUGCCAGACCCCUCAACUCCCCGCAUGCUUGCAUACGAUGCUGGUGUGACCCGGUUGGUUCGGUGAUAGUACAGUCUGGUGACGGGACACCAUGGUGCCAUCCGAGAAGUGGACAGUGCCACUGUAAAGCUGGUGUGGGUGGCAGCACCUGCAGCCCCUGUCUAGCAGGGUACUGGGGUUUCGGAGAGGAGGGCUGUGAAUCUUGUGUGUGCCCUUUGACCUGUGAUCCCAUCACAGGUCAUUGCCUAGACAGCAAAGGUAGUGUCAAGCUUUACAAUGUACCAAUUGGGGGGGAAAUUCCUGAACUGUCCCACUUUAAACCUCAAGAGGACGAGACGGCGUGGCCUAGAGAACUGGCUGUCUCUGCAUUGUACCAUACAGGGAAGUGCAGCUGUAAGGAAAAGAAGCUGAAAAGUGUGUCAGAUCUUUGCAAGAUAAAACAGGCAUAUGUGAUCAGAGCCAGUGUGCUGUCAGCUCAUGAUAAAGGCACACACGCAGUUGUCCUGGUGAAAGUAAGGAAGGUGUUUCGUUCGGGAAAACUGCCCCUCUCCCAGGGAACACACAGUCUCUACCCGCUCUCCUGGACCAGCCGUGGCUGCACCUGUCCCAUCCUCAACCCAGGUGGUAACUAUCUACUAGCAGGUCCUGAAGAUGUUGACGCAGGACGGCUACUGGUCUCCAUGCAAAGUCUAGUAGUCCUCUGGACCCCCAUCCUGGGCUUUCAGGUCACAGAAGCACUGCAUCAGGGCUGCCUUUGAGCACGACUUUACCCACAUGUACAGCAGCACAAGCCCUUACUGGAAGUGAUGCAACUGUACCAAAGCAGGCAGCUGGAUCCUAAAUGGACCAGGACCACCGGAUACAACUGAAAUGGAAUGUGCAUAAUUAGUUAUCCACAUUGCAAGUUGUUGCAUGGCAACUUUCACAUAACAGUCACUUAGAAUAACUGUAAUUGCCAUACAGCACAACUGUGGUCAUCUUGGUGGCUGUUGACAUGUGGACAUGACACAACAUGGUUAUGGCUUUAAUAAGACUGAUCAUAACGGUUUCUGUACUCCUUCCUCUGUAGUUUUUAGAUUAUCGUCAUCAAAAAUUAGUAAGUUGAAGAAAUUAAUGGACUUUAUAAAAGGAAGCCAGUGAAUCCAAAUGACUGCAGGACAUUUUUGUGAUUCAUUCAUACUUUUGUAUUUUAUGUGCUUUUUCUUACUACAUUCAAGUCAAAUGUUUUUAAAAAUGCAAUUGCGUCACAACUGUAAAAUGAAAAACAAAAGGUACAGACUGACUGAUUCAAAUUCUCCCAGUGCUUACGCAUGAUUUGGACUCAGUAUCAUAUGUUUUAUUCAAAGUUUUUUUUAUUUCAGAGAUACACAUAUAUCACAGAUGAAAAGAUGAUAAGGUUUCUUGUUUAAUCAAAUCAAGAAAAAUCACAACAAGGCUUUGAAUGACAAACCAAACCCAAGAGUUGUUCUUUGAUAAACAGCUAGAUUUGUAAAUUCCAUUGACUGAAUAUAUAAUAACCAACAUAAGCUUAAUAUUUCAGUGUUACAAAAGGAUUUGAUAUCAGCACAAUUGAAAACAGUUUAAUGUUGGCAAGUGUUGAAAAUGGACCUAGAAACAGCCCUCGAUGUUUAGAUACUUCCAAGUUGAACAAAACCUACCAGUCUUUGGAUCAAGAGAUAUUUGCAUGUUCUUACUAAACAGAAGAUCUGCUCGUUUAUAAUGUGUAUUUGUUUCACCAUUAUAAUAGUGAACGCCAACAAAUUAUGAAUGUAUCAUCAUCAGUUGACAAGUAAGGCUACUAGUUCGCUCACUCACAACCCUGAUGUUUAUAUUGGUAUGCAGCCGUGGGCUACUUGCAUUCGAACACAUCAGCAACAGAACAUUUCUUCGUCAUAAAAUUGAUUAAUCAUGUUCUACAACAAAAAGAGCACAUGAAAUGUUUAUAGACUUGUUAGUGGAGUAUCUGGAGUAUCUAAAAAGGCCUUUGAUCUGCUGUAGAACACAAAUCACACAUGCUUAGCUUAGACUGUGGAGCAAAUAAUAACCGAAAAAUACAAAGCCGGAUGUUUCAAAUGGCAGCUAAUGUUGCACAGGCCAAGUGCAAACUCAUCUGCCACUCAUACAGGUCCUCAAAACAAAUUUUUUAUAGGUCCCUUAAGUGCAUAUUAAUGUCAUUUGGAUGUUUUUAAUUACAAAAACUGAUGUUUAAGGGCUUCCUGCAUCUCUGUGCAUCAUGCAGUCAGGUGGAGAGCAUUGUUCCAGUGGCAUAGUUAGAUAUUAUCUCUUCAUACUCGAAAGUGGAGCUGUCUCUGCUGUGAGGUGUGGAGGG